AUGGCAUCUUUGCCAUCUCCAGGUGAUGAAUGGAUCGGCUGCUUCAAUAUGUCAGGUCUCACUGCGCUGUAUCAUACUUCUACAUUUGCCACAGGUUUCAGCAACAAUGAGCGUCAAGCAGCUGCAUGGGCUUUGCUCAGGCAUGAUGCUCAUAUCAACGGCUCCCAUUAUCAGACUAAAACAUUGGGGGGUCUUCACCCAUCAUACAUCAGCUUCAAUCGGUCAAGCAAUGUGAACGAGGCAGAAGAGCGGUCCCUUACUCACAGUGAGCUGCUCGAGGCAGCCACCCAGGAUGUCUUUGAUGCACUCACCAUGCAAGACCGUCUUGAUGGCGGGAUAUCCCUUCUCAUUUGA